UGGGAACAGCAGCUCUGCCCAUCCCCACCCCCAGCCUCAGAAAUUCCUGUGAGAGCCCAGCAUGGCCACGGGAACAGCAACUCUGCCCAUCUCCCACCCGUAGCCUGGGAAAUCCCUGUGAGACCCCCAGCACUGACUCCACAGGAACAGCAGCUCUGCCCCUCCCCAAACCCCAGCAUGGCUGCCACAGGAACACAGCUCUGGCCCUCCCCUACCAUGACCACCACGGGAACAGCUGCUGUGCCCCUCCCCCCACCAUGACCACCACAGGAAUAGCAGCUCUCCCCUCCCCACCCCCCCGGGAAAUCUCUGUGAAAGACACACACCUCUCCCCCGGCACAGCUGCCAUGGGAACAGCAGCUCUGCCCAUCUCUACCCCCCAGCCUGGGAAAUCCCUGUGAGACCCCCGGCACAGCCGCCAUGGGAACAGCAGCUCUGCCUGCUGAUUCCCACCCAUGGCACCAGUCUUUUGCCUGCCCUUUCAUGGCAUAGCAAGCGGCAGUGGCCGAUGACCCCUUGGCUUUGUGGGUUUGGCGCUCCUCAGUGCUGUUGAGUCCCUCUGCCCCCUGCUGAUCUGGUGCAAGGGAGAAAGAAGAAACCUACUACUGGUGCCAGCUCCCUAGAAUGAAGUCUCCCCAUUCCCAUCUCCACUGCGCCUACCUCAGUACUUUAGGGCUGGGGUCAUACAAACCCUCUCCCCUCCGGCACGGUUCUUGGGUUGUUUAUUUCCUGCUGGGUCUGGUCAGUGCCUGUCACAUGUUCAUAAAAGUUUCAUUCCUUAAACUCACGUGUUUUCUUGAAGAGCAGCCAUAGUGCUGGUGUCAGCAGAACCAGCAGACUAGCUGGGGCCUGUGGAGGAUAUGGACAGCAGGUGGGGAUCAGUGGGGGAAGGAAGCAGGGCGCCAUUAGAGCUGAGGUUCUGGUCAAUAAUGAUCAGAGCUCAGAGAAUAAUGCCAACCAAUUUCCACACAGAUUAUUUGAAUUUGUGCCUGGGUUUUCUUUGGCCCUGUUCAUGCCCCUUUGUGAUCAUUUGCUCUCAAGCAAUUGGGCUUUACUAUCACAGGUGUCUGUGGAAAUGAAUUUCCAAGUUGCCCAUGUGAGUAAUCCAUUAAACCAGAUUUUAAAUUCAAAGUAAUCGAGCCAAGAAUAAACAAUACCAUGUGACUUACAUGGCCUAGUACAACUAAGGAACACACUUGACAGUUCAGCAAUGGAGUAUUUGCAAUUAAACCAGAGAGUGAAGCAAUUUGAAAAGAUACUCUUUCAACAACCAGUACAUCUGAGGGAAUCAUGAUCUACAUUGCAGAUCUACAUUGCAGGCAAAUAUGCUCAAUUCCUAGAAGAAAUUCAUCAUUAUGAGCUAAUUGCUCAUCUCUUCAGUAUGAGCUAAUUGUUCAUCUCUAGCAAUGAGAUGCAGAGAUAAUGAAUCCUAAACAAUUUUUCCUGUAGUACACAAAAUGCCUGAUCUCGGCUCAUUUCACUUUGAAGCAAGGAAGCGAUGGGGUUUCAGUGCUAUUGAACAAUUCUCAUUGAUCACAAGGAUUUGAGUUUACUGGGUGAUUGGGCAGCACAGAGGCAGGUGAAGUUCAGAACAGAGAGGAAUAAAGUGAAGCACGCUGGAAAGAACACUUUGUGUUAGGUAGACACGCUGAAACGAACUGUAACCACAAAGGAAGAAGGCCGGGGGGUCAUUCUGGUCAGGUUAGUGUAAACAUCCUCUCAAGGCACAGAGAUGGCUUAACACAACCCAGAGGCUGGGCUGCGUUAAAAAGUGUAAAUGGGGUCUGAAUGAGCUCUCCCGUAACCUCUAGAGCUGAGCUGGGGGCGGGGGGGGGGGACAGGGAGGACUUCAGGAGCAGACUGUGUUUGCACUGAUGCCUACUCUGCCUAGGUGGGCAGGAGAUAGAGCUGCUUUGCCAAAGUGAUCAGUUCUGGAUGGUUUUGAGUUACAAAUCACUCUAGUAUUUGAAAGCAGGGGCAAUGAAAUGUUGUUAUCCUGAUUGGACAAGUAAAGGGCAGCAGAACUGUGCUUUGCCUGAUCUGAUUGAAGGGCUCACCCUAUAUUGAACCUCACUUGCUAAGCAGGGGCUAGAGAUGUCAAAUCCCUAUAAAGGGAAAGGGAGGGGCAGGGUUUGUAUGUGAUGUGGACUCUGUUUAAAGAGUUCUAGGCACCAUUUGAUCUUUCCUCCUCCAGGAUUUAAAAACAGAGCUGAUUAGACUCAGUUGAGAGUCAUUAUUUCUGCUCAGCAAUUACCGCAGCUGAAUCCCUGAUAGCCAGUCUAUGGGCUAUGCCUUGGACCUGGUGCUGGGAUAGUAGUGAAAUGAAGGACAAUGCAGAAGCUGUACUGGCAGUGAGGUUCCCUCCUACCCACUGAAAUCACCAAAGACCUGGCUUAAGCGGUGGAACCUCAGAACAUGGUGUCACAGAAGUGGUGGUGAACAUCCAACAGCGGCAGCAAGUAGGCAGAGGCAAGCAGCCAAUUGCAGAGGUGCAUAGCAACUGCAGAGACAUAGCUCAGUGCUCCCCCCUAGCUCCUUUUUUGAAUGUACCUCUGAAUUCUGGGUCUUCGCAUACCGAGGACAGCAACUGUGAGUGAGGUGCAGCGGUGGGGGAGGGGAGUGAGAUGUGUUAAAGGGACAUUCGUUCAUUGGACUUUCCCACUGCAAUGUGGGAAAUUGAGGAAAAGGACACUGCGGUCACAUGCUUGGAAAGUGGUUGUGGUGUUUUCCCAACUUACCACUUGGUUCCUUUUCCAUUCUAAUAAAAGUUCUCUUUUGUUAUACACAGACUCAGUGCUUGCGAGUGGGGCAGUACUACCUCUUAGAGGCACCCAGAGGUAGUGGUCAGUUUUCCCAGAUUCCUGGGUGGAAGCUAUAGCCAGUUCUGUUUUGUAUUGUUAAGAGGGACCCCGAGAUAUUGAACCCAGCCCUUGUUGCUGUUGUCACCGCCUGGCAGAAAGGUUCCAUUAGCCCAGAUAAUGUGACUGCAGAUGAUGGUUCUGUCAGUCGGUAGUGCUGUACGGUGCACUCACAUCUCCAAUUCAUGGUCCAUUUUCAUAAAUUUCAGUCAUAGCAUUUUAAAAAUCUUGAAUUUCACAGUUUCAGAUAUUUAAAUCUUAAAUUUCAUGGUGGUGUAAUAAAACAUAAUAUGUAUUUUAAAAUGGCAAAAUAUAAACAUGUAAAGCCCUUAAGCCUCUGUUUCUCAAACUGGGGGUCCUGACACAAAAGGGGGUUGCAAAGCUAUUGUAGGGGGUUCACAGUAUUGCCACCCUUCCUUCUGCGUUGCCUUCAGAGCUGGGUGGCUUGAGAGCAGCGGCUGCUGGCCAGGUGCCCAGCUCUGAAGACAACACCGAUGCCAGCUGCAGCACAGAAGUAAGGGUGGCAAUAAUGUGACUCCCCCCUACAAUAACCUUGCAACCCCCUUUUAGAUCGGGACACCCAAGUUGAGAAAUGCUGUAUUUUUGUAUACUUUUACCCUGUAGUAUAGAGUAAAAGUAUACAAAAGACCAGAUUUCAUGGGGGAGAUAAGAUUUCACGGUCUGUGACAUGUUUUUUCGUGGCCGUGAAUUUGGUAGGACUCUACACAUGAAGUAUACAGUGGUUCCUGGGGCCGUCCAUUUCUCAAUGGUGAGUCCUGUAUCCUUAUCACUGCAUUUCAUUCCCUGUUCAGAGAAACGGGACUGUGGAUCCUCAGUAUUACAGAGCUCGCCUCCCUCCCUGUGUGUCUGUUGUCAGCUGAGAUCAUCUGAACUGCCCUCACACAUCUAAACAAAAGAACCCCUGGCUCCCACUGGCAGAGCCCCUCAGCCCUUCUCUGUAACCAGGCAGAUUGCCAAAGUACCCGCAUUCACCUCCCCCACCCCUGCCACUCUCACCACAAGCCAUGAAGGAAAGACAGGGCACCCAGAGAAGGUGGCAGUAAAAGUGAAGAGAUGGGACUGGCCAGUAAUACUGUGUUGGUGGGAAGGAGCCAGGGGGUGGCAGAAAUCUCCCUUCAGCCAGAGGAGUCAGUACCCAUGCUCAGGUGAUAUACCCCCUCACUCCCUUCCUGCUCCCAGGUUCCCUACCAGCCCCCAGUCCCCUCUCACUCUCGUCUCCCACCCUCACCUUCCAGUAAUGCCACCUGCUCGAGAACUACAGCCACCAACAGGAUCAACUCGUUCUGGAUUGUUGGGCCGGUCCUCCCAUGUGUCUCUGAGCCUCAGAUGUCUCCGAUCCACAGACAGGAUGAGCCGUGCCUGGAUCCAGAGUCACAUGCACUGGGAAAGAGAGUUGCAGGGUCAGUGUGAGAGGAGAGAUCAGUCAAUGAACUGGAAGGGAAUAAACCUGUCUUCCCCAUUAAUCACUCUUUAAUCCCUAUGUCAGCCUGUCUGGCGCAGCUCAUGGCUGUGAGUAAGUGCCUGCCUCAGGGCAGACUGUCAAAAACAGGGCAGACACCCUUAACUGGUGGUUUGUUCUGUGAUUAGAUUUCUCCAAGCCAGUAACAAAUGUGAACUCCUGGAUCACUAUCAGUCUCGCCUUGGAGUCACAGACAGUCCCCUUAGCCCUGGUCUACACUAGGACUUUAGGUCGAAUUUAGCAGCGUUAAAUCGAUGUAAACCUGCACCUGUCCACAUGAUGAAGCCCUUUAUUUCGACUUAAAAUCGAUUUCCGUACUCCACCCCUGACAAGUGGAUUAAUGCUUAAAUCGGCCUUGCCGAAUUUGGGGUACUGUGGACACAAUUCAACAGUAUUGGCCUCCGGGAGCUAUCCCAGAGUGCUCCAUUGUGACCGCUCUGGACAGCACACUCAACUCAGAUGCACUGGCCAGGUAGACAGGAAAAGAACUGCGAACUUUUGAAUCUCAUUUCCUGUUUGGGCAGCAUGGCAAGCUGCAGGUGACCAUGCAGAGCUCAUCAGCACAGGUGACCAUAAUGGAGUCCCAGAAUCGCAAAAGAGCUCCAGCAUGGACUGAACGGGAGGUACGGGAUCUGAUCGCUGUAUGGGGAGAGGAAUCCGUGCUAUCAGAACUCCGUUCCAGUUUUCGAAAUGCCAAAACCUUUGUGAAAAUCUCCCAGGACAUGAAGGACAGAGGCCAUAACAGGGAUCCGAAGCAGUGCCACGUGAAACUUAAGGAGCUGAGGCAAGCCUACCAGAAAACCAGAGGGGCGAACGGCCACUCUGGGUCAGAGCCCCAAACAUGCUGCUUCUAUGAUGAGCUGCAUGCCAUUUUAGGGGGUUCAGCCACCACUACCCCAGCCAUGUUGUUUGACUCCUUCAAUGGAGAUGGAGGCAACACAGAAGCAGGUUUUGGGGACGAAGAAGAUGAUGAUGAUGAGGUUGUAGAUAGCUCACAGCAAGCAAGCGGAGAAACCGGUUUUCCCAACAGCCAGGAACUGUUUCUCACCCUGGACCUGGAGCCAGUACCCCCUGAACCCACCCAAGGCUGCCUCCUGGACCCGGCAGGUGGAGAAGGGACCUCCGCUGCAUGUGUUUCAAUGAUCACAGGAUCUUCUCCUUCCCAGAGGCUAGUGAAGCUUAGAAAGAAAAAAAAACGCACUCGUGAUGAAAUGUUCUCUGAGCUCAUGCAGUCCUCCCACACUGACAGAGCACAGACAAAUGCGUGGAGGCAAAUAAUGUCAGAGUGCAGGAAAGCACAAAAUGACCGGGAGGAGAGGUGGCGGGCUGAAGAGAGUAAGUGGCGGGCUGAAGACAGGGCUGAAGCUCAGAUGUGGCGGCAGUGUGAUGAGAGGAGGCAGGAUUCAAUGCUGAGGCUGCUGGAGGACCAAACCAGUAUGCUCCAGUGUAUGGUUGAGCUGCAGCAAAGGCAGCUGGAGCACAGACUGCCACUGCAGCCCCUGUGUAACCAACCACCCUCCUCCCCAAGUUCCAUAGCCUCCACACCCAGACGCCCAAGAACGCGGUGGGGGGGCCACCGGCCAACCAGCCACUCCGCCACAGAGGAUUGCCCAAAAAAAAGAAGGCUGGCAUUCAAUAAAUUUUAAAGUUGUAAACUUUUAAAGUGCUGUGUGGCAUUUUCCUUCCCUCCUCCACCACCCCUCCUGGGCUACCUUGGUAGUCAUCCCCCUAUUUGUGUG